AUGGACUCGAAACCGAUGCCUCCGGAUCUGAAUAAAAGUCAUGAGCAAAACAAUCAACAACUUUAUGUCAGCUCACAGACAGAUCCUAUCAUUAGUGAGAGCACCCGAAGUCAGAGACGGGGACUAUCCGUCUCUUUUGCCGAUAAGACCGAUGUGAUCGUCGAUGAGACCAAACAGGCUAUCACUGAAUCCAUGAAGGCUUUACAGAGUGCCAGCAAAUUAGGGAGUAUACAUGAAGAAUAUUAUGGGACACCUGAGGAUAUGGGCGCCGAAAGUACGGCACUACUCAAACAAUACCGGGAACGACACCGAACAAAGUUGGGUUAUGCGCGUAGAAACUCAUACUUAGAGCAAUCAUUGGGAGGCGCCUCGUGGGUGACGGGAGGCUUUUUGCUGGUUAGUGCAGCACUGGGUGCUGGUAUUCUCAACUAUCCGGUUGCUUACGAUAGAUUAGGUGGUAUAUUCACGGCCACUGUUGUCCAGUUGGGCGUACUAUUUAUAUUGUCGACCACAAUGAUGAUACUUGUCUAUUGUUCAAACAUCAAUCACGACAACUCAUACCAUGAGGUUCUCUACAGUAUAUGCGGGUCGACCGUCAAAAAUAUGGCAGCCGUUUCUAUAUUAUUGUCUACAUUUGGCAUAUGUGUCACCUAUUAUGUAAUAAUUGGUGACCAAUUUGAUAGGAUAUUUGCCACAUUUUAUGGAUCACACUUUUGCUAUAACUGGUAUCUCAAUCGACACUUUAUUAUACCUGUUAUAGGAAUUGGUUUCAUAUGGCCGAUGUGUUACUUUAAAAAUCUGGAGUUUCUCAAACAUUUCAACAUUUUAGGAAUCAUUGCAAUGCUUUAUGUGGUGUUUCUGAGUGUCUAUGAAUACGCUAUGUUAGACAAAAAGCCCGGAGAUAUAAAGCCAGUUCCCGACAGUGCAUUUGCUGUAUUAGCUGCCAUACCAGUGGUGAGUUUGGCCUAUCAGACCCACGAACUGGUUGUACCGGUGAAUGCGUGUCUAAAGGAGCGCACAAUAACUAACUUUUCCAAAUCUACGGGUCUGGCGCUGACAUUACUGUUUUUCUUGUAUUGUAUUUGCGGUACUUUUGGAUAUUUGACGUUUGGCUCUACGGUUAGCGCUGACAUUAUGCAAAUGUAUAAUGCUGAGGAUCCCAUUGUUGUAAUCGGCAUAUUAGCACUAGUCGUUAAAAUGAUAACCACUUACCCGCAAAUUGUUUUAUGUGGACGGGAUACUUUUUAUAGGCUACUGGUGCCCACACAGGCAUCAUUGAAUUUGCAAAAUGAGGCGAACAUACCUUUACCGACCAAAGAGUUUUGGCACCGAAUCUCUAUAACUACCGCAUGGAAUGUGUCGGCACUUAUAUUAGCGGUACUGACGCCUGACAUCACGAUUGCUAUCGGAUUUUUAGGUGCUAUCGGCGCCUGUAAUUCAUUCAUAUUUCCCGGCAUUUGUAUGAUAUGUUUAGCCAAACGACAACUGAAAAACUCAUUUAAUCCGCAAAAAGUCUCAAUGAUUGCACUUUUUAUUUACGGUGUGUUUAUCACUACAAUGGGCGCAACAAUGUCUACAAUUGUCAUCAUUAGAGCUAUUUAUGAUUUAUCUACAAAUAGUGAAAGCAUUGAAUUAUGUCAACUGUAA